AACAACGAAGAAGAUGAGAAAAGAAACGCUAGCAAGACGGUGUCAUCGUUAAAGCCUUGAUAUGCAUUUCCUUGCUGCUUAUUCUUAAUUCUGUGCCCAUUUAUUUCAUGCAACCAAGUUUUUUAAAAAUGUAUUUUUCCUCGGUGCCCGCACGGACUCGCUUUCGUGCGGUUUGAGAGUUAACGAGCUAGUUUAGCUUCCUAGCUGCGAACAAAGACAGGCCGACGUUUAGCAACGCCACGCUAAGCAAAGAUCAAGUGUGGGCGUAAAGUGUGGUGAUUAUCGUUUGAAAAUGUGUGCAACGCGUGUCAAAGAAGAGUACGAGGAAGAACAUUGUCGAACUAAAGAGGAGAACGAGCGUCAACUACUAGACGCUGUUUUCGAGAAGACUGAAGAUGGAGAAGGUUUGAUCAUCUCAUCCUCUCAAAUGCUUGUUGUCAGUAAAAAAGAUCUUCAUUCAGAGCUGGAGUGGAACUCCAGGUUGGAGCAGGAGGAGCCGGAGCGGCCCCACAUCAAAGAGGAAGAGGAGGAGGAGGACAUCACCGCGCUGCCGUUUCUUCGUGUCAUUGUGAAGAGUGAAGACGAAGAAGGUGAUGGCGACCACUGUGGAGCAGACAGUCUCUUAGCUCCACUAUCGCAUAGUGAAAACACAACUGGAACUGAUGAUGACGAACACGCUAAAGGUGAUGUGAGAUAUCGCACUGACAACAAACGCUGGAAAUGUUCUCAGUGUGAAAAAACCUUUGGCAACAACUCUGCUUUGAAAAUGCACAUGAGAACACACACAGCGGAGAAACCCUUUUCGUGCUCCGUUUGUGGUAAGGAAUUCUCUCAAAAGGGGAAUUUGUUAAGACACACAAGAACACACACUAGACCCACCACACUGAAAAAACAAUGCUCAGUUUGUGGGACGAGAUUUCGUCAAAAUUCACAUUUGAAGAAGCACAUGAGAACACACAUCGGUGAGAAUUCAUUUUCCUGCUCGGUGUGCGGUAAAAAAUUCUCUCGGAAGUCCGUUUUGACAACACACACGAGAUCACACACUGGUGAGAAACCAUUUUCUUGUUCAGUGUGCAACAAAAGUUUUAGUAGCCGUUCGUCAUUUGUCCGACACAAAAAAACACACACUGGUGAGAAACCUUUUUCCUGCCCACUUUGCGGUAAACAAUUCUCUCAAAAGGGAAAUUUGAUCAGACACACCAAAAAUCACACUGAACAAACCACACUGAAGCCAAACGGCUCAGUGACUGCUAUGAUAUUUUGUCAAAAUGCUUAUUUGGGAACACAACUGAGAAAACACACGGGAAAGAAAGCAUUUUCCUGCUCCGUGUGUGGUAAAACUUUCUCUCAUAAGUCAGUUUUGACGAUACACAAAAGGACACACACUGGAGAAAAACGAUUUUCUUGUUCAGUCUGCAACAAGAGGUUCAGCGGUCGGUCGUCAUUUGUCCGACACAAAAGAACGCACACCGGUGAGAAACCUUUUCCCUGCUCAGUUUGCGGCAAAAGAUUUGGUGAAAAGGCACAUUUUGUAGUACACACAAGAACACACACUGGGGAAAAACCUUUUUCAUGUCCCGUCUGUAACAAACGUUUUAGUGCUUAUUCGACAUUUUCUCGACACAAAAGAACACACACCGGCGACAAGCCUUUUACAUGUUCCGUCUGUGGUAAAAGGUUUGCGUUGAAGACAUAUUUAAUGGUACACGCAAGAACACACACUGGGGAAAAACCUUAUUCUUGUUCGGUGUGUGGCAAACGUUUCAGUGGCCGUUCAUCAUUUGUUCGACACCAAAGAACACACACUGGGGAGAAACCUUUUCCCUGUUCCGUAUGUGGUAAAAGCUUUGCUGGAAAGAAAUAUUUCAUGGCACACACGAGAGCACACGCUGGUGUAAAACCUUUUACAUGUCCGUUGUGUAACAAAAGUUUUAGUGUUCAUUCGUCAUUCGUUCGCCACCAAAGAACACACACGGAUGACAGGCCGUAUUCUUGCUUAGCGUGCGGAAUGAGAUUAACGUGUCGUUCCCAUUUAGAAAGACACAUGACAACACACACUGGUGAGAAAAUGUUCACUUGUAGUGUGUGUGAUAGAAAAUUCUCUCGUAAGGACAAUCUGAAGACACACAAGUGUGCUGGUAAGAAAUAAAGCUCCAGGAAUGGAAAUAAACAGCAAGUCUUCAUGUGCACGUUUGACUAGUUGAUGUGACAACAUAGGAGAGAUGGACCAAUAAGUUUUUUUCAGGGCCGAUACCGAUUAUUGGUAGUCAAAGAUCCAUUUGCGGUGAAUGGGAAAAUAUUAGUGUCAACAUUUUGAAUAAUACAAACUCCAACACUUUGCUUAAAUGUCAUUAUAACUGAAAUGUUAAUCUUUCACGUAUCUUAAGUUCAAACAAAAACAAAAGGUGCUAGGAGUUCCCAGGCUCAUCAGCAUUUCUUAAAAGUUAACUGAAAUUUUUCAUAAAUCCUAGUGAGGAUAAGCGGUACAAAAAUGGACGGAUGGAAAAGUUUCCUGAAGCAAACGCAGUUUUCAAUUGAUCUCUUUUUGGCCGUUUGAUGUUUUUUUUUUUUUUGUGCUUUUAUUUAAAGGCCGAAUAUGGGCGCCAUUAAUCCGCCCGGCUGAUAAUUGGUCAAAUGCUGACAAUGUAGAUGAGUAACUAGUAUUGAGGCUUGUGGUAGACUUCCUAAAGAACUCUUUCAGUCGUUUUGGAACUUGUGAACAUUGUCACUAGUGUUGCAGUGCAUUGACGGCUGUGUUCUAUACAAAGUGUCUGUUGUUGUGGAAAUUCUGCAGUGGAGGAAUAAAUCAA